AUGACCUCAAGUUCUAAAAUGCAACAAAUUUCGUUAGAGGCGACGAAAAGCAUUACGGACCCAAUCUCGACAAUUGACACAGCUCACAGUGACCGAAAUGCGGAGCGCGAUGCAUACGACACCGCGAUUCUGCGCUUCAUCAGUGACAUGAAUCUGUCCUCGAUGUACGCAGAGAAGGUAUCACCGUACCCCAUUCUGAUGCCAAGAAGCUUCCUCGAAGACAUCGAAAAAUUUCAAGAUAUUUUGUUUAUUGCUGUAUCAAAUAUCCUGGAUCGCUGGUGGGAAGACAGCGAAGCCGACUUUCCUCGUCGCAUGCCAUUGGAACCUCACGAGGAGAGCGUAUUAAAGUGGGUGCAUGAGAGGUCAAAACAGGGCCUGAUGCAGCAUUACAAUGAGCGCCCGCUACACUGGAGGCCAGAUAUACUCCUCCCAGAAGCCGGCCAUUCAAACGCCAACCUACCUUUCAAGAUUUGCGAGAUCAACGCCCGUUCCCCCUUCAACUCAAUGAUCAAGAGCAUCUGUAUGUUUAAAGCAGUAGCCUCGAGCAAUACAGCCCUCCCUGAUGGGUUAGAACCCGCUUCGAGCGCAGAUAGGAUGGUGGAUAGGCUGGUCUCGCUGUUCAAACCGGACUUCCCUCUACACGUUAUCUGGCAUGAAGGCAUUACUGACCCCAUCGAUGCAUUCAGUUCCUUCUACAAAAAGCGAACAGGCAAUAUACCGCGCGUAGUCCAUAUGACAGACUUGCGUCUUGUGCCGGAUUCCUCAUCCCCAACGGGUCACAUUCUGUGUUGCGUUGCCGCCGCAUCCGCAGACGUUCAGGGAAUAGUAUCCGGGACAGGGGAACCUCUGGAACGAAUUUACCAAGUCGGACUCCAGAUGUCCCACCGGGAUUACAGCAGCCUCUCUUUGGAAAUGCUGCAGCAGCUCGCGAUGGACGGAAUCUGCGACCUACGCAACAUCUUCCUGGUCAGCGAUAAACGCAUGCUCGGCAUAAUCAUGCAAGAGCUGGACUCUCUCGUGCACAAGCACAACGUCCUCACCCCUGACCAGGCGGAGAUUCUCCGACAGGGUAUCGUACAUACCAUUUUGCCUGGCUCCGAGGAUAUCGUACAACUCUUACGACAGAUUCGCGAGGGGUCCGUAUCCAAGGAUAGCUAUCUUCUCAAACCUGCCCGUGGACACCGCGGGAUGGGAAUAUUACUUGGAAAGGACUUGGGGCGAGAGGAGUUUGAGAGUCUCCUUCGGGGACUGGGGGACGCAUUACUGCCUGCUGACAGGAUAUACGUUGUGCAGCCUUUUAUUGAGCAAGCACUAUUUGGUUUGAGGCUGUCUGAUGAUAGCGAGCCGCAACAAUGCCGGAUGACGGGUACAUAUCAUGCCAUUGGUGGCUGCUUUGCUGAGUUGGGAGUCUGGAGGGCCGAUAGCGAAAGGAUUUGCUCCCGAUUCCACGGCGCGUUUAGUAUUCCAGCAGUUGUUCCCCGUUAG